AAAAGGAGAACCUAUGUCUAUAUGGAUUCCCCAAUGAACAAUGGGAAGUUAAUUUGCCAGCUGAAGAAGUUCCUCCAGAACUUCCCGAACCUGCAUUGGGCAUAAACUUUGCUAGGGAUGGGAUGCAAGAAAAGGACUGGUUAUCUUUAGUUGCUGUUCACAGUGAUGCAUGGCUACAGUCCGUGGCUUUCUACUUUGGAGCGAGAUUUGGUUUUGAUAAAGCUGACAGGUUAGAGCUAUGUUUCAUUUAUGCAAUUGCGAUAGGAAAAGCGCAGCUGAAAAAAGCACAAGCAAGACGCAUUUCUUAUGCCGUGUCAUUGACUGUCUUUCCUUUGCUUAUAAUACUGAGCCAAAAUGGUUUAGGCUAUUUAACUAUUUCAUGA